CACACAUGAGCUCACAACAAACCACGAGAACGAUAUCUGCGCCCAGAUCGUACCUUGCGCAUCUCUCAGAUACCCACCUGAAUACUCUGCCGCAUUUCAAACUCGGAAGCUUCUUCCAACAUGGUGUUCGGAAGAAUAACCCACUACGCAUUUGAUGCCGUUCUCUUCUCCGCCUUCCUGGCAGGAAUGAAACGAUCGACCGGCCUAACUUUUAAGACCGAGAAGAUAUCUGGCGAGAACAAGGAAGUCGCAGGCUGGGUUAAAAAGUACCUCGAUGUGGGGGAAUGGGUGAUGGAUCAGUCUGUUGCGAUUGCGGGUUCGAGCGGAUGGUUUGAGAGGAACCGGUGAGCCGAUGCAUUCUGCAUGCUCUCGACUCUCCGGACCGAAGAGGACUAGGGCGGCGAUAUCCUCUUGCCCCAGCGGUAAAAGGAAAACGGACAAGAGUUCUUGCAUGGGAUGCGCCGGUGGCUGGCUGGAUGUCCACUCCUGUUUCGAUCGUACUAUUUGUUCACAUGGUAGGCGUUAGGGGAUUCCAUCGUUAUUGAUGAACAUCGGAUUUAUUUUCUCCUCUGGCUAUGAGGAACGCAGCUAGGUACUUUAUGCAUGCUCUCAUCUGCUCUUGCAGCAUGAGACCCGACCUUCCGAAC